GGUACUCAUUUUAGCUCACGCCGUGCAUGCAGUUUCUCACUCUGAUCAUUUCAAACCACACUGCAAUCAUUCAUCGCAUUAUGAAACUAUCAUGCCCACUUACCUUCAGUAUUUUGUCUGCUUACUGUAGAAGAAGAUCAGGACUAUUAUUGCACAAAUCUGAAUCAGUGAAACAGAUCCAUGGUGGACAGAAAUAUACCCCUGCAUCAGUGGUCUUCCAUACAAGCAAUCCGGACAAGGAGACCCCUCACAUUAGCAACGCUCCAGACUUACCCAUAGUGCACCAUGAUGGCUACGAGUCUUAUCUUCCUCCUGGCCAUCGCUUCCAGAUGAGAAAGUUCAACAAACUUAGAGAUGUUCUUCUACACGAUGGGGUCAUAUCAAAGAAACAGAUGAGCAGCCCUGUUCAUGUUACCAAGGAUGAGCUGAUCCGUGUGCACACUGAGGAGUACAUUGAGAAGUUCUUUGAAGGCAAGACGAGUGCAAAGGAACAACGCGUCACUGGGUUCACAUGGAGCGAGGGACUGGUAUCAAGGUGUAGAUAUGAAACAGGUGGCACCAUCCUGGCUGCUGAGCUGGCCCUCGGGAGGGGCUUGGUGUGCAAUACAGGAGGGGGCACUCACCACGCCUUCCCCGAACAUGGAGCAGGUUUCUGUCUACUCAACGACAUGGCAGUUGCAGCAAGUCUUAUGGUGCAUAGAGGGAAGGUUGACAGGGUACUGAUUAUCGACCUAGAUGUACAUCAGGGUGAUGGCACGGCUCUUAUCUUCCAGGAAGACCCCAGUGUGUUCACACUGUCUGUUCAUUGUGGCAAGAACUACCCUCUCAAGAAGCAACAGAGCGACCUUGAUGUCUCUGUAGAUCGUGGAACAGGGGAUGAUGACUACAUGAGGAUCAUUCAAGACCACAUACCAUCGGUCCUGACAAAUUUCCGCCCAGGACUGGUCUUCUUUGAUGCCGGUGUCGAUCCUCACAAGGAUGAUGCGUUAGGAUAUUUAGAGUUGACUGAUCAGGGUCUUUUCAGACGAGAUUAUUGGGUGAUCAAUGAGGUCAUCCAGAGGGGAAUCCCCUGUGUGACUGUCAUAGGAGGAGGCUAUGACAAGGACAUUGAUAGGCUUGCUGCCAGACACUCCAUUGUACAUAGAGCAGCAAAGAAGGUGAGGUUUGGCAAGAAAGGAGACUAUGAUGUGACAAGUGUACUCGAUUCAGGGACUGCAAUAGACCUUUACCAGAAUAUUUUUUCAAGUUCUAAGUGAAGUUUGUGAUAAAUCUUCACAAAUUUAUCCUUCAGAGCUUGAAAUUAAUCAUGAACAAAAGAAAAUUUAUAAAGGCCUUCCAGCAGUAUUUCUUCACAGGGUACCUGAUUAAGUAUCUGACAUUAGCAAUAUGUUUUUGUGUGCUUUUGUAAGUAUAUAGUAUUACAUAAUGCUUUUUGUAUGUGAUUUUGAUUGAAAUUGAUAAAUUUUGUAAACAACAAGACUAAUAUCAAUAAUAUUGUGUUUAUUUAAAGUCAUACUGUGUAGUAUAUAUUUUGGUAGAGUGUCAUUACCAUUCGACAAAGUUUUAUAAUAAAUAUUUCACAUAUUUUCAAGA